CCUACUACUACAUCAGGCCCUACAACUGGAGCUCCAAUGAACUAUGACGUCAUUACAUGUAGAUCACUGAUCUACUGGCGGUAGGCAAGCGAAAUAAGAGCGCUGAUACUUGUUAUUACAUCUGAUACGGUAACCAUCGAAAUUUGUAUUACGAAUUCUAUUUUCACGGUCUAUUAUUUCAAUAAAUAUAGUUUGUUUAUCAUAAAUCUAAUAUUUGUCUGUGGAAAGUAAUGGUGAAUGGAGUUUUAAAUCAUGGGAUUCUGUUGUUGUGUACCCAACUGUCGCGGGAAUUAUCAGAAGACUUCAAAAGUUUCUGUAUUUUCUUUUCCGAAAGAUGAAACUUUGAAAAGAAAAUGGAUACAAGCGAUAAGAAGGAAGAACUUUAAUCCUACAAAAUCUUCAAAGGUAUGUGAAAAGCACUUUGAUGAUAGGGAUAUCAUCAAAGUAGUAAGAGCAUACAACGAGCAUGGAGAAAAUCUGGAAGCCAAACUCAAUAGAGUCAAGUUGAAAGAAGGUGCAAUUCCCAGAUUCUUUCCCAAUUGCCCAAAACAUUGGUCAACUAAAUAUUCUUCAAGAGAAAGUGCUGAAGAGAGAAGAGAGCGUCAAGAAAACUAUCAGUUGAAUCAAGCAAUUCAGAAAAGUUUGCAAUCAAAGAAGAAAUACGAUGAUGAAUUCAAAUUUAAAAGUUUUAUUGAAUUAUCAAAUUUAGUGGAUUCAGUGAGAGUUGAAGUACCAAGUGAAUGGAGUGUCGUAAAAAAACCAGACAGUGUUCUCUUCUUGAUUGUUAAAGCUGUGCCUGUGCCUAACAUUGUACUUUCAGCUAUGGUGAAUUCAAAUUUAUAGUUUUCGUUAUUUGUGGGGCAAGUCGAAUUAAAAGCAAUGAACAAUGUAAACUAUCCGCGUGAUGUAAAUGACAUCAACGAUUUGAUUGAAACAUUGCAUUCAUUUACCAAAUUCAUUCAAAGCUCUAAUGGGAGGCCAAAUAAAAGUGAUUUAUUCAGCACAAUUGAUGGGUGUCUGAGCCAAAUUGAGGAAUUGGAAUUUGCCUCCAACUCGGAAAAAUUGAAGUUUAUUAAGGAACAAUUAAAUCUUUUAGAUACAAAUAAGUUUUCCAACCGUUACUCAACAGAGUUCACCGUUUUAUGCAGUAUUUUCCAUAGCAUUUCAUUUCAUGCUUACAGAUACUUGAGAAGUUCGGGCAUAAUCACAUUACCUCAUCCGAAUACACUUCACAAUCUAUGCUUGGUUCACAAUUCAAAUCCAAGUAUAGAGCUAACGGAUAAAAACUUUCUCAGUUUUGCAAAGCGCAAAUUCAAUCUAUUGAAUAAGAAUGAUCUGACUGUUUCAUUAAUGAUUGAUGAAAUUCAUAUCAAGCCGUAUCUUGACUACACUGGAGGAGGAAUUUUGGGCCAUGCUUACUAUAGUCAAGACAUGGCAAGUUCAGCACAUGUCUUUAUGAUUCAGAGCCUAUGUUCUUCUUUCAGAGAAGUGAUUUUUAUUCUACCAGUGAGAACUAUCAAAUCAGAAACAUUAUUUUAUCACAUAAAAAAAGUUACUGUUGGCCUACAAGAAAUAGGUUUCAAUGUAAUAUGUGUAAUAAGUGACAACAAUGCAAUCAAUCGCAAAGCUAUGUCAUUAUUCAGUAAUCCUCCUAAUUUGAGUAUUGUGUAUCCACAUCCUAGUGACAAUAGGAAGCCACUUUUCUAUUUAUUUGACACUGUGCAUAUUUUGAAAUGCAUAAGAAACAACUGGAUCAAUCAAAAGGAUACUGAACAAACAAUCAAAUAUCCAGAAAUAGAAAGUAAUGAGGACACAGUAAAUUUAGUUAGUGCUUCAUUUGGUUGUUUGAAAAAAGUUUAUGAUAUUGAGAACAAAUCAGCAAAUGUCAUAAAAUUUGCACACACAUUGUCAAUGAAGACACUUUCACCCACGAACUUUGAAAGGCAGUGUGUAAAAUUUGUUCUUAAUGUUUUCAAUGAGCAUGUGGUUGAAGGGUUGUUGGCCAUUGGAAGAUUACAUUCAAUUGAGCACUGUGAUUCAACAGCAGACUUCAUCAAGUUCAUUUCGAAGUGGUGGAGAAUUGUGAAUGUUAAAACUAUGUUCAAAGACAUACGUUUCGCAGAUAACUUACAAAUGCCUCUUGCUCCUCAUCAAGAAAACUUCAAGUUUCUGGAAAAGUUUCUAGAUUGGCUUGACGUUUGGAAGCAAAAAAUCUUCAAAAAAACAAAUUGACAAAAGAGACACAUGAAGCAUUAAGUCACACCACUCACGCUCUUCUAGAAUUGACAAAUUAUUGCAUCAAUGAGCUUAAUUUCAAUUAUAUUCUUCCUGGAAAAAUUCAAACAGAUGCACUAGAAGCACGAUUUGGAAAGUAUAGAACAAUGGCAGGAUCACAAUACCUGAUCUCAUUACGUCAGGUAUUUGAGGUGGAAUCAAAAAUUCGACUGCAAAAUCUACUUCCACUAACAUUGAAAUCCAGCAAAUUUGGCAAUAUUCAAGUUGAAUUGAGUGAAGAGGUAUUGAAUAGUACAAAUGAUCCUUUAGAUCAAUCAGUGAGUGGAUCAAUUCCAAAAAGUUUUGAAGACCUUGUCUUUGAAGAAGAGGACUUUGCAAAUAUUGAAGACAAUGUUCCAGUACUCACGUAUUUA